GCUCGACUCCCUCAUGUCAACAAGCAUGUGUGCAUGACAGCUUUACCGCUGCCGAAUAUGAGAGAUGCCAGGAAGACGAGAGUACCGCAUCGAAGAUGUGAGUGCUUCUCUCUUGGAUUAUUUAUUACUUUCUCCCGUCCUUCUCUUGCCCCAUGACCACUGCCAUCUCAUAUCUCCUCAUAUUCCACCCACCCUCUCUUCACCCCGUAUUGCUGCCGUUGAGCGUGAUCUUCCAGGCGAAUUGGCCGCCAGCACCAGUCUGGGAGAAGAGUAGGAAAGCACGCGGGGAACAAUCUCGGAAGGGCGUGCAAGAGAGGCCACGAUAAUGGCCCACACAAUCUCUCGAAGCCUCUUCGACGCAGCCUCGAAACUCCGAACCACCCCCUUCCGACAAGCCAACACAGCAUGGCGGAGACAACCAACAUCUCCCAUGCUCUCGCAACAAAGAAGAACCCUCCUCAGCCAAUCUCAACGCCGUCGAGCAACGACCGCCUCGGGCUCCUACAUCAAUCCCUCCCAGCAGCCCAUCAUCGACCACCACUACGACGCAAUAGUGGUGGGAGCCGGGGGAGCAGGUCUCAGAGCAGCAGUCGGCUUGGCAGAAUCCGGUCUUGAAACCGCCUGUAUCACAAAAUUGUUCCCGACACGUUCUCACACCGUUGCAGCGCAAGGAGGGAUCAACGCCGCGCUGGGAAAUAUGACCGAAGAUGAUUGGCGAUGGCAUAUGUAUGAUACAGUCAAAGGCUCGGACUGGUUAGGCGAUCAAGAUGCUAUACAUUACAUGUGUAGAGAGGCGCCCAAGGCAGUGUAUGAGUUGGAGAAUUAUGGUAUGGCGUUCUCGAGGACCGCCGAUGGGAGAAUUUACCAACGGGCUCUCGGGGGGCAGAGUUUGAAAUAUGGGAAAGGUGGACAGGGGGUGAGAUGUUGCAGUGCAGCGGAUCGUACUGGGCAUGCUAUGUUGCAUACUUUGUAUGGACAAAGUGUGAAACAUGAUACAAAUUUUUUCAUUGAGUAUUUUGCGAUCGAUUUGUUAAUGGUUGAUGGGGAAUGUGUGGGGAUUCUAUGCAUGUCUAUGGAAGAUGGGACGUUACAUCGAAUCUUUGCGAGGAAUACUGUGCUAGCCACGGGCGGAUAUGGGAGGACCUACUUUUCGGCUACGAGUGCGCACACUUCAACCGGAGAUGGAAAUGCAAUGGCAGCACGAGCUGGUCUCCCUAAUCAAGACUUCGAGUUUAUCCAAUUCCACCCUACAGGCAUCUACGGCGCCGGCGUCCUCAUCACAGAAGGCUCUCGUGGCGAAGGCGGCUACCUCCUCAACAGCGAAGGCGAACGCUUCAUGGAACGCUACGCACCCACAGCCAAAGACCUCGCAUCCCGCGACGUCGUGUCCCGCUCUAUGAACAUGGAAAUCCGUGAAGGUCGUGGCGUAGGCCCCGAUAAAGACCAUGUCUACCUCCAACUCAGCCAUCUCCCCAAGGAACUCAUCCUCGAACGUUUACCUGGAAUCGCAGAAACCGCCUCCGUCUUCUCUGGUGUAGACGUCACAAAAGAACCAAUCCCCGUCCUCCCUACAGUCCACUACUGCAUGGGCGGCAUACCCACCAACUGGAAAGGUCAAGUCCUCAACAUUUCCCCUACCACUGGCCAGGAAUCCAUCGUCAAAGGCCUCUACGCCGCAGGCGAAUCAGCUUGCGUAUCUGUUCACGGUGCCAACCGUCUCGGAGCAAAUUCCCUCCUAGACAUUGUCGUAUUUGGAAGGGCCUGCGCCCUCGACAUCGCCUCGAACAACGACAAGGGAGCCCGACAUAACAAAGUACCUGAAAACAUUGGCCUCGAUCACGUCGAGUCCAUGAACAAAAUCCUUUCUGCCGAUGGAGAUGUUCUAUCUGCGCAGAUUCGAACGGAUAUGCAGAAAAUUAUGCAAGCGGAUAUUUCCGUAUUUCGAACCAAAGAAGCCUUGGAGAUCGGGAAUGAACGGUUGGAGAAGGUGCAGAACGAUUUCAAUACGAGGUUGGCAGUCAAGGACAAGAGUAUGAUCUGGAAUUCGGAUUUGAUUGAAACUCUGGAAUUAAAAAAUCUCUUGACUUGUGCGGCUCAGACUGCGAAGUCGGCGGCGGCGAGGGAGGAGAGUCGGGGUAGUCAUGCAAGAGAGGAUUUUCCGAGUCGGAAUGAUGAAAAGUGGAUGAAGCAUACUUUGAGUUGGCAGAAGGAUGUUGGCGAGGAAACUCGGAUUGGGUAUCGAGGGGUUGUGAUGGAUACUUUGGACAAGACAGAGAUUGAGACUAUUCCGCCUGUAGCGAGGACGUAUUAGACAGAGUGGGAGCUGUGUUACCAAGCUACCUUACGCAGAGCGAUUGAGAUGUUUCUCACGUCCGCUGAUGAAUUACCAC